AUGCAAAAAGCGUUCGAUAGACUCAACAGCAUGGCCAACAGGGUCCUGCGCGUCGCCUAUGCACUGUGGGCAGUUGUGCAUCUCUCCUUUACGUCGCUCAUGUGGUCAUUGAUCGUGCUGAGCGUUCUGUUCCUGGGCUUCACCGCAACCCGCAACCGCCAGAGAUUCCUUCUUCUCAUCUACAUUGCUGCCAUGUGCGUCGUGAUGGCCCUCACCGCGCUCGGUCUCUUCCUUGUACUUCUCGGCGAGGUGCUCACGCUGUCCGUGGACCUGGUCGAAAUCAUCGUCGACGGCUGCUCCCUUCUGUUCGAGUUGGUCACCAUCGCGCUGGCGUACAACCUGUACCUUCACCUGGACCCGCGCAACAACGUCACGUUGGACGAGCUGGGCACCGAAGCCAGCCAGGCCUACCCGAACGACCACUCCAUCAACAUCGACCUGCAGCAGGAGUUCGAACAGGGCAACAUGGACAAGCUGGCCCAGGAGCCCAGCCCCUACGCCUUCAACGCGCAGCCGAACAUUGUGUACAGCCCGUACGUCUACCCGGUGGUGGGUGUCGACCCGAACCUCUCGCAGGCCGAGACCAUGCCCCACGCCGACGUCAACCCCUUCCAGGAGCCGCCCAAAUAG